AUGCAAAAAAAUAAUUUAGAAGACAUUAUUAAAAAAAAUAAAAAUAAUUUAAAUGGAGGCAGUAAAAAAUCUAAUAAUUGUAAUAACAUGUUGAUGACUGAUUCUUGUGAGAAUUUACUAACUACGUGUAGCACACAGCCUGAUACCAUAAAUUCUUCUCACUCUGAUCUAAGAGAAAGAAUUUAUGAGAGUCCUAAAAAAAUACAUAAAUCUACUUUAUCAUUUUCUGAUUUUCAAAUUAGCAAAUCAAGUGACAUUGAAGAUAAUUCAGAUAUACACAACAAUACAAAAAUUAAAGACACACGCUAUGAAUUUUUACUGAAUAUUAGAGAUAAAGAAGGUAGGCAUGUUGAUGAUGCUGACUAUGAUAAUACAACACUUUACAUAUCAGAUCACGAUUUUUAUAAAAUGACACCAUUUGAAAAGCAAUUUUGGGAGAUAAAAAAAGAUUAUUGGGAUACAAUAGUAUUUUUUAAAAAGGGAAAAUUUUAUGAAUUAUAUGAAAAGGAUGCUGAUAUUGCUUCUAGUCUUUUCAACUUUAGAUUGACAGAAAGGGUAAAUAUGCGCAUGGCAGGUUUUCCAGAAAGCUCGUUGGAUGAUUGGAUCUGUAAAUUUUUAGAAGCGGGGUUUAAGGUAGCAAGAGUCGAUCAGUCAGAAAAUAUGAUUGCGAAAAAAAUUAGAGAAAAGGGUGCUGUAAAAGAUAAAAUUAUUAGAAGAGAGUUAAAAGAAGUUAUUACACAAGGUACCAUUUAUGAUAAUAAUCAUCUCAAGACACCUUAUGCAGUUUACACUCUUGUAAUUAGAGAAAAUCAAAUAUGUGAAAAUGCUAAUUGUACAUUUUCAUUACAUUUUUCGAUUUUACUUUUUGAUGCUGCUACAUUACAAAUAUUUUAUAAAACUUUUUGCGACGAUUCAAAUUACAAUAAUCUGAAAAAUAUUUGUGUUAAAUAUAUUGUUAAAGAAUAUUUGUCACAGAAAAAGUAUCCUUUUAUUUCAAAUUACGUUAAACCGGAUGAUAAGAUUUUUAACAAAAAUUUAGAAUUUCUUAAUGAAUCUGAAAAUAUAUGUUACGGAUUUUUGUACAAUUAUAUGAAAUAUUUAAAUCGAGAAAAUUUUUUAAAAAAUUGUCGAUUUUUUAAAUUUGAGUGUCUUGAAUCUAUAAUGAUAUUAGAUUCCUGUUCUAUUAUUAAUUUAGAUUUAUUAAGUGAUAAGCACAAUAAAACGUUAUUUAAUGUAAUAAAUAAUUGUAGUACACCAUUUGGACAAAGAAAGCUUCAGUCAUGGAUGCUCUCACCCUUGUCUGAUGGAAAUUCAAUUAGAAAGAGACAGUGUUUAAUUAAUUAUUUCGCAAAUAUUAAUUUAUCUCCUAUUAUAGAUAUUUUUAAAAGUCUUGGAGAUUUUGAAAGAUUAUUUUCUAAAUUGCAAUCAGGUCAUUCUAAAUUCCGGGAUUUACGCACAUUUAUGGAAAAAUUGAAUCUUGUAGUAAAAAUUUAUCAGAUAAUUGAAUUACAAAUUUGUAAUAAAAAUGGACCAGCACCAAAUACAAUAAAAAUUAAUUGUUUUGUGGAUUUAUAUGAUCAUAACAAUUUAAGUGUUAGUUAUGCACCUUUACACGACCUGAAGAAAUUUAUUCAAAAUUACCAAUUAAAAUAUUAUAUUAAUAGGGAAGAAAUUGAACCUGGGAAAGAAAAUUCUGAAGAGAUUGCCAGUCUUAUAAACAGAAAAGAAGAGUUACAUGCAAAAUUAGAAGGAUAUCUUAAUAACGUUAAGAGCAAUUUACAAUGUGAAGAUAUAAAUUACAAAAAUAUUGGCAAAGAAAUAUAUCAAUUAGAAGUGCCAAAACAUAUUAAAGUUCCUGAUGAAUUUUUUAUAGUUAGUGCUACUAAGUCAUUUAAUAGAUAUUAUACUUUAAAUUUAAAAAAUUUAAUUACUGAUUAUAUUGAAUUAGAAGAGAAAAUUUUUCAGUGCCAUGGAUCAUUAUUUUUUCAGGCAGUAAAUUGUCUUUUAGAAUCCGAAUCAUUAUUUUUCAAUAUUAUAUCAGAUUUAUCUACAAUUGAUUGUUUAAUAUCUUUAGCUAUUUUUAAUCACUCGAUUAAAGGUUGUUUACCAGUAGAAUUUAAUAAAAUAGAAGUUCGAGGAUUAGGCAACCCAAUUUAUAAAGAAUAUGUUAAAAAUGAUUAUAUAGAAGAUCAAAGAAUUUUGAUUCUUACUGGAUCUAAUAUGGCAGGUAAAUCUACUUUUAUGAGAACUUUUUGUUUGAAUACUAUUUUAUUUCACAUGGGUUGUAAUGUUUUUGCAUCAGAAUUUAAAUGUCCUGUUUUUGACAGGUUAUACAGUCGAAUGGGUGCUUCUGAUAAUUUAGUCAGGGGAGAAUCUACAUUUAUGGUUGAAUUGCUUGAAACCAGUAAUAUUUUACGAAAUGCGACAAGUAAAUCGCUUGUAAUUAUGGAUGAACUUGGAAGAGGAACAUCUACCAAAGAUGGAAAAAGUAUUGCUAAGGCAGUUUUAUCUUAUUUACAAAAUAUUAAUUGUCGAGUAUUUUUUUCUACGCACUAUCAAAAUCUUGUUAGUUUAAACAAUGGAUUUUCUACUGGGUUUAUGAAUAUUUGUAUAAAAAAUAAUAUUGUAAUAUUUUUAUAUAAACUUGUUAAUGGCAUCUGUGAAGAUUCAAAUGGUAUCCACGUUGCUAAACUUGCUGGUGUUCCUGAAGAAAUUUUAUUACAAGCUGAGAAGUAUAAACAAGAAUUUAAAAGUUAUAAAUAA